CGAUGGGUGCAACGAGCAUACGGUCAGUUCGAGUUCGAGCGCUACAGUAUCAUGAGAGAAAAGCAUCGAGUGAGAGAUGUGUUGACUCAAGUGAGCAUCAUGAUCCAUUCGAAUAUGUAUUAAUUUUCUAAUAUCGGAAGAAACGACAACAGGAAAUAUCGCCGUGCGCUAAAGUGAGGAAGAGGGACUAGAAAAGAGAGUGGAGGCGAUCUAGUACAUAGACAUUCAGAGCUAUCUCUGCUGCAUAGUACAAGCUGUAUCGCCAGGGCGCGAGGCCGCGACCCUGAGCCCGAUACGCGGAAUAGGACGUUUCGAUAGCGGAAUAGUGCGCGCAACGAAUACGUGUCAAACAUCGGUCCACGGAUAAGCGCAAAGUGGAGCAUCGUAGCGUACGCGGUGCUAUCUGCUAUCAUUUGCUCGCGAAAAGGUCGAGAGUUCAUGAUCAUUCAGUGACUCGAAACGAUGAUUCGACUCGUCGUUUGACGACGAUCAUUUUUUUUCUUUAUUUAUCACUGCCUGAACGAUCAAAAACUAUUAGUAGGCAAAACGACGAAUUUUUUCUCCCUGCUCUCUCUCUUCUUAAGUAGAUAUCUCGUUGACCAGUGUUAUAACCUGUUAAGAUCGAACGUUUCUACGUUACAUCGUUCAGAAAGAUUGCUUUGAAAAAGAGAAUUUUGUGAAUCGGAGAGUGAUUAUUGUAUAGUGAUAACACGAUCCGAAGAUGCCGCUCUUCGGUAAAAAGGAUUCGAAUAAAAAGAUCAAGAAAGAUGGGAAAGACGAUAAAUCGCCGUCUGUCGAGGACAAAUACAUCCUAAAGGAGUUGCUUGGAACGGGUGCUUUCUCUGAAGUACGUUUGGCAGAAAGUAAAGAGAAGCCUGGUCAAAUGUUUGCUGUGAAAAUCAUUGAUAAAAAAGCAUUGAAAGGAAAAGAAGAUUCUUUAGAAAAUGAAAUUAGAGUGUUGCGAAGGUUAACACAUCCAAAUAUUGUUCAAUUACUGGAAACAUUUGAGGAUAAACACAAAGUUUAUUUAGUUAUGGAAUUGGUUACUGGUGGAGAACUAUUUGAUAGAAUUGUUGAAAAAGGUUCCUAUACAGAGAAAGAUGCAUCAGGUUUAAUAAGACAAGUUUUAGAAGCUGUUGAUUAUAUGCAUGAUCAAGGUGUUGUGCAUAGGGAUCUUAAACCUGAAAACCUUUUAUAUUAUAAUCCAGAUGAAGAUAGCAAGAUCAUGAUUAGUGACUUUGGACUAUCAAAAAUGGAAGACUCUGGUAUUAUGGCAACCGCAUGCGGUACUCCAGGAUAUGUUGCUCCAGAAGUCUUAGCACAAAAACCGUAUGGAAAAGCUGUAGAUGUGUGGAGUAUAGGAGUCAUUUCUUACAUCUUAUUAUGUGGUUAUCCUCCAUUUUAUGAUGAAAACGAUGCGAACCUGUUUGCACAAAUUUUAAAAGGUGAAUUUGAAUUUGAUUCGCCGUACUGGGACGAUAUCAGUGAGUCUGCAAAGGAUUUCAUUCACAAAUUGAUGUGCGUCAAUGUCGAGGAACGCUUUAGUUGCAAACAAGCCCUUGCACAUCCUUGGAUAUCCGGCAACGCUGCUAGCAAUAAAAAUAUCCAUGGCUCCGUAGGAAUGUCUUCCUCUUCUCUCAUGGUUGCAGCAAGCCUACCACGCAGCCACGGUCAUACGUCAAAUGCAACGGCUGGCACUCAACAGCGGCCAGCAGCAGCAGGGCCCAGGAUCAACAGGCCCCUCCAGCGGCAACCCCACGCCAUACCCCGAUCAAUCGCAAUCCAACCCCAGUUACCAACCCAGAUCAGUGGAGCCUCCGACCAACCUCAAUUGAAGGAAAUACGCGAGUCACCAUUGCCGGUGUCAAGCUUGGUGGUCUCGAGUCCUAUUCCCAUUCCGAUCACUCCAAAUUCACCAUUAUACUUACGCAACAAACGCUUCAAGCUGUGGGGUAGCACACGCACUGCUCUGUCUACUCUAUUUCAAACGAAUGUAUCGUAUCUUAGAAAGCAAAGAAAGUAUAAGAAAAGCUGAGUCACGCUAAGUUUCUUCUAAUGAAAAAUAUCGAAGCCAUCAGGUGGCCGUUUAUUCUCUUACCGAGUUAUUAUUCAAAUACUGGUAAGAGUUUGUAUAGAUUCCAGCUAAUUCGCUUUAUUGUGGUCUCCUGUGACAUGGUUGCCACCGAUCGUAUAUAUUACAAAAUUACACACGCUCGCGAGUGCGCGCACAUAUACACACUUAAAUACACGUAUAAACAGCCCGCGCGAUAUAAAGCGAUUUUCCGAAUGUUUCUCGUUUUAUCGUCCCUUUCAGUUUUGUUGGCUUUGUUUCGACAAUUUCUAAAUAGAUCUUCUCACUUUGUUAGUAUAUAUUUCACAGUAGAAUUAAAUCCCGUAGCCAUCAAUAGUGACUUUAAAUGACGAUAUGUCAACAGCAUUGAUUUGAUCAAGUGAAGAUGUAGUUAAUGUAUUUAGAUAAACUUAAUGCUAAUUGUGAAAUCUUGUAACGCAAGAAAGAUCUUGCUCGAUCAAAUCUGCUAAGUGUAUAAAGAAAGAAAAAAAAAAAAAAAAGAAA